AUGGAGGGGGGCUAACCGAGUGUGGACAUUUUAUUUAAAUACUUUUUGUUGUUUGACAGCUGUCUGUGGAAUAAUGGUGAUUCUUGAUGGGGGUAGAAGAACUCAGAAAAUGCACCGAGGCUUAAACUAAAACGAGAGGUAAAUAUCUGCAAAGCUUAUCCCAGCCAUGCCGCAGUCAGGAGGUCCCAAACACCGGUAGUUCUGAGUGAGACCCCAUCACCUGGGCCCUCUGACGCCCUCAUGACUCCAGGCUGUCUGGAUCACAGUGUCAACCUCUCCUAUCGCCGGAAACAUCCAGACACGUCCAGGCGCUGCCGACCUGGGACACCCCGGGGUCACCUUCGCCCUUGAUGCAUGGAUCCCGACAGGACUGGGGGCAGAGGAAUGAGGAGGAACAUGUUCCUCUGGUGGAUCUUACUGCUUUUCUCCCAAGGAUUUGUAUUUCCACACGUCCGAGGGGAACUUCCUUUCAUCGCGGGGAACGAUGCUGCCAUGCUGGUCAACUGGAAUGCUGUUGACGGAAACAAGAAGUUGUUCGCCAUCUAUGACACGAGCGUCAAUGAACCGGGGAACAUGUCUUUCGUGAAGGAGACGGUGGAUAAACUACUGAAGGGUUAUGAUAUCCGACUGAGGCCGGACUUUGGAGGCGCCCCAGUUGCAGUGGGGAUGAGCAUAGACGUGGCCAGCAUAGACAUGGUGUCAGAAGUCAACAUGGACUACACGUUGACCAUGUAUUUCCAGCAGUACUGGAGGGACAAGCGUCUCGCCUACAUAGGAAUCCCCCUCAACCUGACUCUGGAUAACAGGGUUGCCGACUCGCUCUGGGUCCCCGACACAUACUUCCUCAACGACAAGAAGUCUUUCGUCCACGGAGUCACCGUCAAAAACAGAAUGAUCCGCCUGCAUCCGGACGGGACCGUUCUCUACGGCCUCAGGAUAACCACGACAGCAGCGUGUAUGAUGGAUCUCAGGCGCUAUCCCCUGGACGAACAGAACUGCACUCUGGAGAUCGAGAGCUAUGGCUACACCACAGACGACAUCGAGUUCUACUGGAAAGGAGGCGAUACAGCCGUAACGGGGGUGACACGGAUCGAGUUGCCUCAGUUCUCCAUCGUCGAUUACAAGCUGGUGUCCAGAAACGUCGUGUUUUCCACAGGUGCCUACCCUCGACUGUCUCUGAGCUUCAAGCUGAAGAGGAACAUCGGAUACUUCAUCCUGCAGACGUACAUGCCAUCGAUCCUGAUUACCAUCCUCUCCUGGGUCUCCUUCUGGAUAAACUACGACGCUUCAGCAGCCAGAGUGGCUCUAGGGAUCACCACGGUGCUGACCAUGACCACGAUCAACACCCACUUGAGAGAAACUCUGCCCAAGAUCCCGUACGUCAAGGCCAUCGACAUGUACCUGAUGGGCUGCUUCGUCAUGGUCUUCCUCGCCCUGCUGGAGUACGCUUUCGUCAACUACAUAUUUUUCGGGAGGGGUCCCCAGAUGCAGAAAAAGUUAGCGGAGAAGGCGGAGAAGGCUAACAACGAGAAGGCGGCUAAGUACGACGCUGCGAGGGAGGCAGGUAGUAGGACCGCGUCCCUAAAGCGGUCCAAUCAGAUUAAAGGUCUUCGCCACUCACGCUCGGCGGAAGCUCACGGCCACGGGAACAUCCUGCUCACCACCCUGGAGAUCCAUAACGAGGUGGUGGGAGGCGAGAUCACCACCAGCCUGGCGGACAUUAGAAACUCUCAGUCUAUGGUGCAGUUGGACAGCCAAGCCUCGUCGCACAUCCAGUACCGAAAGCAGAGCGGAGGCAUCGGGCCGCGCUCCGCCAGCCGACACUCCCUGGACCGCGCCGCGCAGAUCAAACGCAGUCGUCUGCGCAGGCGGUCCUCGCAGCUCAAAAUCAAAAUCCCCGACCUGACGGAUGUGAACGCCAUCGAUCGCUGGUCACGGAUCAUCUUCCCCUCCGUUUUCUCACUGUUCAACCUCAUCUACUGGCUCUACUAUGUCUGAUUGGACUGUUUUGUUUGAUAUGUUUAUUGUUGUUUUUAUUUUCAUCUUAAUUUUCCUUUUUUUCUGUUGCUUUUAUACAUGAUGGCAUCUGUCGAGGUAAAGACUGCAACACAGGACAAAAAGAAAAACUGACUGAGAAAGACAACUGAGUUUUGGACCAAGUUCUUGUCAAAAUUGUUUUUAUAUUUGCAGUCUUUGAAUCCUUAGUUCCAUCGUCUUGUUACUUUCUAAAGUAUGUACUGUAAUUGGGACUUGUGACAGUCAUUUCCCAACGCUCUCAGUAAUGUGUAAAUAGAGAGAUACAAAGCCAGCAAUUGAAUACAUAUAUUUCAGUAUUUGCAAAAACCCAAUGAUAACAAAACGAUUUUUCUAAUUCAAUAUAAUUAAGAAUACUUUAUACACAGGUGGUCAGAUAAAUGCAGGCAAUUCCUAACAGUCCAUUAAACAAACUAAUGUAUGUUUGACUGGUACCCUAUGCACUAUUAAUGCAUGUAAUGAUCAACCAUAGUGGGAAAACAAUGACUUUUGCCUUGGAUUAUGUCACAACUUUACAGAAGACUUGAUUUGUAUUUGUUUAUAGCAUUGAUUAUAUACUUGCUAAUGUCAUGCAAUGAUCUGGUACACUUUACCCUAACACAAUAAUUUAAAGUGGAGGAUGUUCUCCUCCGUUCAGGAUGACUGAGACUCAGGUUCUGAAUCUUUUGCUAUUCGACAUCUUGUCACUGAAAUAUCCUUUUUUUGGUCAUUUGAUAAGGAAACAAAAGCACAAAUAAGAAUAAAACUGCCAUUUUUUCACUUUUACCUUCGAGCAACAGCGCUUCAAGUGAUAGCGUGACAGAAUUGCACUCAAAUUUAAAUACUUCCUCUGAAAAAAAAACGUCUUACUUUAAUUUACAACAACUGCCAAGGGCCUUUUGGGCGACACGGUUCCUCAACCCAUGAAAUAUUAUGAUAUUUUUGUACUCUGUGUCUUCAGGUAUUCGAUUGAUUUUCCUACCCCGUGUUUUAUUUAUAUUUUUGCUCGACAAUGUUGUGGUGAAAGAGUGGAGGAAUGAAACCAUUUUUUUUGUAAAUAAGUACAUAAUUGUGUAUAUACAUAAGUGUAUAUAUACUGUGUGUACAACCCUGAAUUGAAAAUGAUAUGAGCAUUUUGUGAUUGUCGUUCUGGCUUUUAACCGUCAGAGCAUUUAAUGGGAAAAAAAAAGACAAAAAAACGAAUUCACCAACAGGUCAGUUUCAAGCAUCACUUAGUUUUUGUGGGGCACUCUGAAUAUCUUCUCAAACAUCCGACAUUGUUGAAGUCUGCUUUAGAAACUGCGUAUGUUCACCCUGCAUUUCAGAGUUACUGUACGCUCCGUUAUACAGCAGCACACCCAUUUGGAUUUCAUUGAUUUGCAGACUUAUUGUCGACUAAUAAGCACAUACUAGCGCUGAAUGUAUCAGGUCCAUUCUUCAGGGAGAGGAUAAUGAGCCAUGGUCAUCAUUUCUCCAUCAGAAUGUAACACGCCCAUUCUUACGAGUGUUGUAGAAACAGAAGGGAGGGAUUUUAAAAGUGUGUGCAUGUGCAUGUGUGUGUGUGAGAGAGAUGGGGAAUGGAUAAGGAGAGCUUGAGAUAGGAAGGGCGUGGGUAGACCAUUUAUUUUCUGUGCUGCUUGCUCGACUGUGGACAAAUGUCAACGUGGAAUAGUUUUGUGGAUAAAAAUAGCUCUCCUGUCCCUGUCCCACUCCUUUUGAUAAACUGUGUGCCAUUCCACCUAAGGUCGCAGAGCAAUCACCCACAACCCAUGGACGAUGAUGUAAAUGUGUCAUAGAUACAUGACAUACAGUGUACGAAAACACGUGAAAACAUUCCUACUUGAUAAGUUCAGCGAUGGGAUCAAUUUAUCAAGUUGUAUGUGUACAGACUGAUUGAUAUAUGACUUAGAACUGAAUGUAUUGUACUUGGAUUGUUGCUGCACAAAUGCAAUUUUCUUUCUGGAAACAGGAUUGACCUCAACUCUGAUUAAUUGGGGCUUUAGUUGAUUCCCAUUCGAGUGACCCCGAGUUUAUCGCUGGUUACGGCCCUGUUUUCUACUGUGUAGACGGGGCGCAGUGCACAAAGGACCUGGGUCCAAGAAAGAAGAAAGCUCCAUUAUUAAAUAAAAACAUCCGAUAUAUUAUAAGCCAAAACAUCUUGCGAAAGGUGUGUUCAGAAGACAUUUGAAGCGAGUGUUCACCUUGCGUACAAAUUUGUGUUUAUUCGCCCCAAAACCGUUCGCGGUCAGUUAGCUAGAAAUGGACGAUCUUUCUGUUACUUCCCUCUCGUCUCAGAAUGUUUUCGUUCUGUCUGAACACACAGCAAAAGAGGAUGUUUGACUAAAGCACAACGCAAUGUUUCUUGAUCUCAUGCAUUCACGCUUGUUACGGCAUUGGAAGCAGUUUGUCCAAAAAGCCAAGCGAGGAAGAAGAACGUCCGAAUUGAAUUUCACAACAGUUCAGCUUCAGUGCUGUGUAAAUAAGAUAUAAUAAUACAGAUUUCUGAAACACUGAAGCUAGAAAAUAACUGUUUUACUUCCUGGCUUUUACUGCUUCACUUUGAUUUAAUCAAUUACUUUAGUCUGCAGCUGUACGAGUCGUUACUUUAAUUACCGAACAACAGCGUGCAGGUGAAAGAGAGGAGGAGACGGAAACUCUUGAUACUUUAUCAUGCAUGCAACGACAAUUCGUGACUUUAAAAAAAAAAAAACUCACUCAUGAGAGCUGCCAACUGCUCAUUUUAGAAAUAUAAUGCCAUGUGAGCCUACGAUAAAAAGUUUAAAAAAGCAACAAAAAAAAGAGUCAUCAAAGACUUCCGGUGUUGUAUGGCCUUGGUCCCAUAUUGGAAUGUGAAAUGUUCUGUGCUGCCACAAAAUGUAUUUAGGCUUAGAUUUCUACUGUAUAUCUCUGUAUGUUUCUCUUCCUUUUACAAUAGAUUAUCAUGUUAAACCAUCAAAUAAAUUAUAUACAUUGUUCUUGUGUAUUUGGUAUUGCGAGCAUGCAUGACACUGUAAAUAAUCUGUACACGUAGAGCAAGAUACAAUGAACAGCCAUUUUGAAUAGCAUUUUGAUAUGCCUGUACAUAUCCCAAUAUAUUUGGAGAAUUUCCCAACUCUUCAGGUGCCCUUGAGCAAGGCACUUGAACCCUUUCUGUUUCAGUGCAACCACACAGAAGACGUUUCACUCGACUCCCAGUUGGACAUCUUUUGUGUAUGAAGUGAACUUUCUGAAUGUGUGCCAGAGUGUUGGUGAAAAAGAGUACAUUAGUUCCCCGGAUAAAUAAAGAUUGGAAAAGAAAGACA